GUUUCUAAUGAAAAGUCUCGAACGAACGUAUCGGACGCGCAGUUCACAUAUAUUGACACAGAGCCGUCAUCGCGCUUUGAAAAAAUGAUGAAAUUAUAGCCGAUUCACGGUCGCGCGUGGGUGGGCGAAACUAAUCGAAUUUGGGCUUGGAAAAAUACAGCUUCACGGUGAUUGCAUUUUGGACAAGGAUGCUCCUCGGUUCUUGGCAGUGUGGGAUCUGAUAUUACAUCAGCAACAAUAUGCGUCAGCUCACUGUCAAGUAACACAAUCAUAUACAAUUGCUGUCUGCAAGCUGUUUGAAGUCGCAAUUUCUACACUGGAACACCGGACAAGAUAGAAAAUAAAAUACCACAAUAAUUAUGGUACAAUUUGAAAAAUCAAAAACUUUGAACUUUUUGGACAAAAUCGGGCUCAAAUGCUUACCGCAUACAUCAACACUUUAUUCUCCUUAUCUUCCUUUGGGUACAACAUAUUGUUGCAUUCUUGACAAAAUCUAAUUCCGACAAAGCCAGGACCAUCGUCGUGGGUAUCAUAUCCAGUCAGCGUUCAUGUUUAAAUCCCAACCUGACUCUCACCGUUCACCCACCUUAACCUGAAUGAAACCAUAGAACUUGCAGAAUAAACAGAUUCGUUCUGUUCGACGACCUUCUCCAGUGUCGGAUAUCACAUGAAGGUGGUGACAUCGUCGUUCCCAUUUCACAUUUCGAAUUUGAUUUGGCAAGCGAAGGAGCAAGCAUGCACAGAAAUAUAACGGUUGUGAGGAUCCGAACGUAGGGUUGGACCAUCCUUCAAUUAUUUUGAACAAAUUAGUAUGAAAGGAUUUUAUUUAUGCAUUUCACUGAACUCUUAGCAGGUUUCAAAUACUAUUUGUGAAAUUAUUCAGUGUGUAUAAUGAUAAAUUCCUCCAAUGACAGUUUUGCUUGGGCAACUCGGUUGGAUUGCCCUCCAUCAGCUUGCAAUGAAUCAACUAAAAAAGCAUUGUCUAAGGGAAUUGUUAGUCUCCUUUGGGAUCAUCUUGCUGAUAAAUUACAUCCCAUUUCUGAGGUCUUGGAGACAAGGAAAAAUAUUUUAUUGUACAAAUUGGACGAGAAUUGCGUAGAUGCUUCAAUUCAAGCUGUUAAGAGCAGGGCUAAGCUCAAGUCAGAAAGACAAGUAUUAAAUGAAUGUAUUGUCAAAGCUGAAGCGCAGCGAGAAAAACAAGAAUCGUCACUUCGUGUGAAACGCCAGCAACUUCUGCAGAUAAAAUCGACUCGACAGUUGGCACGAGCAAAGAAGGAAAUUUUCUCAUUAAAGCAUAGUCAGAUGCAAUCUCAGGUUCAGGACUGCAACCAAAUGCGCAAGGUGUGCCAAUGUGUAAUGCCUUCUGUUGGUGACAUGGUUGAUGAAAAAACUAUUGAGGAGUCUUUAACAUUGGUGAGCUCUAUGUCCUCGCGCGCUGACAGGAAACAGGUUUGGAAGAAGAUAUCUGACACCCUUUUUCCUGUCGCCACACCAGUUCUAUGGAACAUACUUUUGCGGACUCGCACAGUAGACACUGAUAGAAUCAUUCAACUGGGAUCUGAGAUAUCUUCUAAUGGAGUACCCAGUCACUGUGUAAGAAAGUUUGACAUUGGAAUCGCAAAGGCCUGUAGCCUACACGUGACUGCAGUAAUGAAGCGUUUGUUACUUGAGGCUAAAGUCAAUGCUUAUAACCAAACCAUCAUGGAGUAUAUUGAUAAAAUUGAGAAUCAUCAACCAAAUGGCAUAGAUAUCACUGAAUGGCUGGAGUUGACCUUAGAAGUUCGGAAAUGGGAGGCACAGCAGGUUGGUUUCCAAAAAAUAGUUGAUGAAAUUAAUGGUACUCUUGAAAUCCAGACGGAAUUAAAUAUGAAACUUAGCAGUAUAGCUGCCGCAAUUCAGACGAUUGAUAGCCAAAUUGUACAAUGCGCUCAAGAUAUACAAACCUCUGUAGCACUUUUAAAGGGUGCUGGAGCAAAUUUGAACUGCACAAAAGAAAAACUGCUCAACGCAUUGCAUAAGUUUACCGUAUUGCGAACCGAAAAUCGUAGCAACAAUUGGUGGGAUAUCGAUCUCGAAAAUGAACUUGAUAACUUUUACAACAAAAUUGACAUGAAUGCUCUGAGAAAAAUUGCCUUAGGUGGAGAAGUUGGUGAAUACAGACAUGCAAGAUUCUGCAUGAGUCAGGCAGCACUUGCAACUUCUGCUCCUUUAGACCCAGACUGCGUUUAUGACUUUCCAUUUAUUAGCGCUCCACUUCACCACUUAUUGGACUGCUAUAAAAUCUUAGCAAAACUCAAAGUGAUCUCUAAUGAUAGGCCUCAGCCGCAGCACCUCAAUCUACAAUUGAAUACCUCGAAUGAAAUUGAGGAACAGUGGUAUUCUAUGUCGGUUCAAAACCAAGUUCACGCUUUAUUGGAGUUAUUAGAUCUCAUAGAUCAGACCUUCGAAACAACGGGAGAAAGGUUGCAACUCUUUGAUGUGACCUUUGACGCUUGGUCUCAUCAAAUAGUUAAGGAAGUUUUGACUGAUCAAAGUGUGGAUGGAAUAACUUUCGAGGAAUGGCAACAACGUUUCAACAAUAUGGCUAUGAUAUUAGCUUCAAAAACUAAAACUUUCAAACAAAGCGGUGACCGUAUAAAAAAUGAUUUUCAAUGAGACACCGAUGACAUGAUGGAUGAAAUAUGUACAUACAUAAUUAUGCAUAAAGUGUAUUUCUACUUUUCUAAUUUAAGAUGAAAUUAUAUAUUCUAUUAGAAA